UGCACGGUGCACGGAGCCCCCCCCCCCCCCUCCUCCCCUCCCCUCUCCUCUCUCUCUGACUGUGGGAAGCCGACCGACAUGUGCACGGAGAGAUGAUAUGGCAGAAUCGCGUGCACGUUUUACAACGAGGCGAUAGGCCGGAGGAAAGCUGAAACACAAGGCUUCUGCUACCCGACGGCUCGUGCGUGCGCUUGCGUGUGCGCGUGCUCGAGAAGUGCCUAUGGCGGAGUUCGGCGGCAGCCUGCCUCCAUUGAAUGGUGGGGACGCGGCCGUGCCCGGCGACGAAGACGCCGGCAAGACGCAGUGCGAAGUGUCGGUGUUGAAUGGAAACUGCGGGAUAUCGGGCAACAUGGUCGGCUCGGGAUCCCUCGUCGCACCGGGCAGCCAAGCCGGGCUGGAUGGAGCCAACACCUCCGUGGGGUCGGACCUGAAAUGUGAAAUACCUCGCCGGAGCAGCAUUAUCAAGGAUGGCUCAAGACAACGCAAAGAAAGAAAGAAGACGGUAUCAUUCAGCAGCAUGCCCACAGAGAAGAAAAUUAGCAGCGCAAGCGACUGCAUCAACGCAAUGGUGGAUGGCUCUGAGCUGAAGAAAGUGCGAUCCAAUUCCCGCAUCUACCACCGCUACUUUCUCCUGGAUGCCGACAUGCAGUCGUUGAGAUGGGAGCCCACGAAGAAGGAAUCAGAAAAGGCCAAAAUUGAUGUGAAAUCCAUCAAGGAGGUGCGGACAGGCAAAAACACAGACACUUUUAGAACUAAUGGAACCUAUGAUCAGAUAUCGGAGGACUGUGCCUUCUCAAUCAUCUUUGGGGAGAACUAUGAGUCCCUGGACUUGGUGGCAAACACUGCAGAUGUAGCCAACAUCUGGGUUACAGGGCUGAGGUACCUGAUCUCCUAUGGGAAACACACCUUGAAUAUGAUAGAAAGCACUCAGAACAACAUGCGCUCAUCUUGGCUCGGUGAACUUUUCGAUGAGGCAGACGUUAACAACAGCAGAAAAGUAUCGAUAUGUGCUGCUGUGCAGCUCGUCAAGAAGUUGAACCCUGGACUUAAAAAUGUGAAAAUAGAACUGAAGUUCAAAGAGAUUCACAAAGCCAAGGACAAAGCAGGUUCCGAUGUGACUAGAGAUGAGUUCAUUGAGGUCUUUCAUGAUCUUUGCACCAGACCAGAAAUUUAUUUUCUCUUUGUUCAGUUCUCCAGUAACAAAGAAUUUCUGGAUAGCAAGGACUUGAUGAUAUUUCUGGAGGCAGAGCAGGGUAUGGCACAAGUCAGUGAAGACACCAGCUUAGAGGUCAUUCACAAAUAUGAACCAUCUAAAGAGGGCCGGCUUAAGGGUUGGCUUUCUCUAGAUGGGUUCACCAACUAUCUCUUGUCUCCAGAGUGCCAUAUAUUUGACCCUGAACAAAAAACAGUUUGCCAAGACAUGAACCAGCCCUUGUCCCACUAUUACAUCAAUGCAUCCCACAACACAUAUCUGAUUGAAGAUCAGUUCAGGGGUCCCUCUGACGUGACAGGGUAUAUUCGUGCCCUCAAGAUGGGCUGCCGCAGUGUAGAGCUGGAUGUUUGGGACGGGCCUGAUAACGAACCUGUUAUUUACACAGGUCACACGAUGACGUCGCAGAUAGUGUUUCGCAGCGUCAUUGAUGUCCUCAACAAGUACGCCUUUGUUGCAUCCGAGUUUCCACUGCUGCUGUGUUUAGAAAACCAUUGCUCCUUAAAGCAGCAGAGAGUCAUGUUUCAGCACAUAAAGAAGAUCCUCGGAGACAAGAUCCACAUAGAUCCCCCGAAACCUGAGGACUGUUACCUCCCCUCCCCCUUAGAACUGAAGGGAAAGAUCCUGCUGAAGGGUAAGAAACUGAGCACAAACUGCACGGCUUCAGAAGGCGAGGUGACGGACGAGGACGAGGGGGCCGAAAUGUCUCAAAGGGUGAGCAUCGACUCGGCGGAACAACAGACAGUCGCACCCAAAAAAUUCCAGCUGUCGAAGGACCUCUCUGAUCUGGUGACCUUAUGCAAGUCUGUGGAGUUCAAAGAUUUCCCAACAUCCUUCCAGAACCAGAAGCAAUGGGAGCUUUGCUCUUUCAAUGAGGUCUUUGCUAGUCGCUGCGCCAGCGACUUCCCAGGUGACUUUGUGAACUACAACAAGAAGUACCUUGCGCGAGUUUACCCUAGCCCCAUGCGGAUCGACUCCAGCAACAUGAAUCCACAAGAUUUCUGGAAGUGCGGUUGCCAGAUCGUGGCAAUGAACUACCAGACUCCGGGCCUGAUGAUGGAUUUAAACAUCGGUUGGUUUCGUCAGAACGGGAACUGCGGCUAUGUGCUGCGUCCGGCCAUCAUGAGGGAGCACGUAUCAUAUUUUAGUGCCAACACUAAAGAUUCAGUGCCUGGUGUUUCUCCACAGCUCUUGCACAUCAAGAUCAUCAGUGGACAAAACUUUCCUAAACCCAAAGGCUCAGGUGCCAAAGGAGACGUAGUAGACCCCUACGCGUACGUGGAAAUCCACGGCAUUCCGGCUGACUGCGCUGAACAGAGGACUAAAACGGUCAACCAGAACGGGGACAACCCUCUGUUUGACGAGAGCUUUGAGUUUCAGAUAAAUCUCCCCGAGCUUGCAAUGGUGCGCUUCGUGGUGCUCGACGAUGACUAUAUUGGUGAUGAAUUUAUCGGCCAAUAUACCAUCCCCUUCGAGUGUCUCCAGCCAGGUUUCCGGCACGUACCGCUACAGUCGCUGACGGGGGAGGUUCUGCCACACACCUUGCUGUUUGUUCACGUGGCCAUAACCAAUCGGAGAGGGGGCGGAAAACCACACAAAAGGGGACUAUCUGUACGAAAGGGCAAGCGGAGUAGAGAGUAUGCCAGCAUGAGAGUGCUAUUGAUCAAGGCUGUGGAUGAUGUCUUCAAAACAGCCAUGCUGCCACUGAGGGAGGCAACAGAUCUCAGAGAAAACAUGCAGAAUGCCAUUGUGUCCUUUAAAGAGCUGUGCGGCCUUUCAGCGGUUGCCAACCUGAAGCAGUGCAUCUUGGCUCUUUCCCCUCGACUGACCGGACCCGACAACAGCCCCCUUCUGGUGUUCAACCUCGCUGACCAGUACCCGAACUUGGAGCACCAGGGUCUGCUACCAGAGGUCCUCAAGAAAGUCACCACCACCUAUGACAUGGUGAUCCAGACCAGCAAGACUCUGCUGGAGAACUAUGAGGCGGUGUACGAGAGAUUUCUACAAACCCAAAAAGCAGCGAUGGAGUUCCAUGAGAACCUCCAUGACCUGGCCGUGAAGGAGGGGCUGAAGGGCAGGAAGCUGCACAAGGCGGUGGAGAGCUUCACGUGGAACAUCACCAUCCUGAAGGGUCAGACGGACCUCCUGAAGCACGCCAGGAGUGAAGUCCAGGAGAACCUCAAGCAGAUCCACUACGCGGCCCUGACCAGCAACCUGAGUAAAGGGGGACCGGCGGGCGGCUCGUCCGGCUCCGAGUCCAAGAGCAGACGCAGCCUCGAGGCCAUCCCCGAGAAGGCCCCGGUGGAGGAGGAGGAGCUCACCGAUGAGGACCACUGAAGACCCACGCAGACCUGCUCCUGGGGCCCACAUGCAGAGCGCUACUCUGUUCCUGCCUCCUGAGCUCACAACCCAAAAGCUCUCUCUCUCUCUGCUUUACCACACACACACACACACACACACACACCAGUGUUUUUCCACAUUCCGUUGUGUACAUUCCUGUAUCCCCGAAGCACAGCUGUAACCUCUCAGACGUCUGCCUUGUAACCAUCAAUAAAAAUGCCACGACGACUCCGGGACACACAUCCCGAGUUCAGCUCACAGGAAGUCGGAGGCAUUGUUCCCGGGUCUCAAACCGAAGCCACAGGUCUGAUGCACAAACACAUAACCUGCAUCAGAGUGCCAGACAUGACCCCCCACCCCCCCUCUUCACCUCCAGUCCGGUCCAUUCGUCGGGAGCCUCCCUUCAUUCCUCUCGCCCCGUCGUAUUUCCGGGGUGAGCUGGGGGAGCCGAGUGAACCAGCAGCCACGUGCUCAUCCAAGACGUUGACCUCACUGUUCACAAAAGAGCCCUUUGGAUGAUUAUUGUAAGAGAUUUCCUAAAGCACAAUGUUUCUUUUCUUUUUUGGAGAGUUAUGAAUGUAACGAGACAGGCGGAGCGAAGUAAAAAGGAAAGAAAUGUCAUGAAUGAGAGUAAAGAGCUGUUUACAAUACUGAACUUGUCCAUGUUCUUGUCUGCCAUAAUAGUAUCCUAUGUGUAUAUAUGGAGUUUCCUGUUACAUUUGUUUCUUUCUGCAGAGUACAUCAUUUUAUUAUUGUAUACUUGGAAAUAUAAGAUUUAUUUUAUAAAAAGAUAUAUGAACAUGUCUGUGGAAGAAACCCAGAAGUUGUAUUUGUCAGUAGCCGAGGAGGGUCGUGACCUCAGAGGACUAAUAAUAGAUCGUUUUCACCCGUCUCAACAACCAGCAGCUGCGUGAGAAAGAACCGCGACUGGGCGUCGCCGACGUGCACGUGAACGCCGACGUGCACGUGCACGCCAACACUUUGACUUUUCAGCAUUUCACUCUGGGAAUGUGUUUUCGGGUUCUCCCAUUUCAGGGCCCUUUUAAACUGUUGUGUGUUAUAAAAUGUUAGAAGCUCUCAACCAACUCCACCGUUACUUAAAAAGUUAAAACUAAUCCCCGUCCUCGUAAUCACUCGGUUCAGUUCUCUGGAACACGUCUCACUGGGAACCAGCGAGGCUUUGACUGGGAGGUCAUGUACAAAAACAAAGACUUCAGUUUGAGCUGUCGGUCUUUUAACGGACUCUGGAGGACCCUCUGAGGACCCUCUGAGGACCCUCUGAGGGUCUCGGGGGGUGGUGGGCUCCGAACGUCCCCCCCCUUUGUAAGAAUGUAAACUCAGGUCUGUGGAGAAGGACGUGAACUUCAGAGGAAUAACGGCUGCGUCUCCAUUCAUGUUGACAAAGUAGUUCCUGUGAUGUCAUCGGACCACGUUGCUGUUGACAGGUUUAUGCCUUUUAAAAAAGCCUUUUCCCCCACAUGUUACUCCAAUAGUGCUCCAGCUUGCUCUUCAUGUCUCCUCUUGCAAUAAGUGAGAGAGGAUAUCCAUACGCUGUGAUCAAUACGACCUUCAGGAAGGUUGCACUGGUCCAUUUAACUGCUGCGACUCCUAUUAAAACUACAGGCCUCGUUAUGAACCGACCAAUCACGUCGCUGGUAGCCACCGUGACUCAUGUUUAAGCAGUAAUUUAAUAAAAGCUUCAGCAUCUACAGAAGAUGUUGAACCCCCAAAGUGAGUUAAAGCUUAAGACUGCACACGUCAGCUUUAAAAACAAAAAAAAACAUCAUUUGGCGUAAAGCCACGUCUUUUGCUUUUGGAGCCGAGCGAUAAAAAAACAAACUGUUCAAGGAAUUUGAUGGAUGUUUAAAAAGAAAGAGAAAAGAAAAUAGAUUUUCACUUCAGUCUGAGUUUUAAAACUAGAAACCCGCUGGUUCCUCGUCAGUUUCUUUACCGUCACUAAAGUGUUCUUCAGGGGUACUUUUAGGGGUCUUAUUUAUUUAUUAAAAAGUAAUAAUUCCCUUUUUUCUUCUGUGAGCCUAUCGUUCCUUUUAAGAAAAUUAAAUAUUCAAAUCCUAAAUUGGAUGUGAAAAAUAAUUCGUUUUCCAUGGAUUAUUGGGAGGCACGGUCAAAAAUAUUGAUCACCAGCGAGAAAUCAAUGACAAAUGUCGGAGAGUAAUUGAUCUCUUUGGACUGUUGAAUGAACGCUGCUUCUUUUCUUUGUGUUCAUCUGCAGCUUUUUUAUGUUCAACAAAACACAGAAAAUAAACUAAUGUUGUCUCUGAGUCUCA